AUGGCGGCUCCAGGCUCCGGCAAGCUCCUGCUGGCCGCGUCCCGGCGCUGCCUCCUCUUCGCCGGAUCCCGAGCGGGCGCCGGGCGGCCGGGCUGGCCCGGGGAGCAGAAGCAGGGGAGCGCCGCCCGCCCGCGGGCCAGCCGGCGCGACAGCUUGUCGGCCCCGAGCCGGCACAGCUCAGAAGAUAAGGCAACCAUUCAUUUUAUAAACCGUGAUGGUGAGGAACGAACAGCCCAAGGAAAAGCUGGUGACAGUCUACUAGAUGUUGUUGUAAAUAACAAUCUAGACAUUGAUGGGUUUGGUGCCUGUGAAGGAACAUUGGUUUGUUCCACCUCGUCUGUCUUUGUCUUUGUCUUUGAAGACCACAUAUUGGAAAAGUUAGAAGCAGUUAUUGAUGAGGAGAAUGACAUGCUUGAUCUGGCCUACAGACUAAUGGACACAUCACACUUGGGCUGCCAGAUCUGUUCAACAAAGUCUAUGAACUAUAUGACUGUCCGAGUACCUGAAGCAGUUGCUGAUGCUAGGCAAUCCAGAGAUCUGGGCAAGAACUCGUAA